ACCAUGGGGCGGUGCUUACUGGAUCGGUCCAUUGUGUCCGAAGACUGUCAUUAUCGCUACUGAUUCCAUGGCCGUACUGAGCAGAGUCAGUUCUGGCUACCUGCCCUUGAACUGGCUGACCUUUCGAGAACACCACCCACUCACCCAUGUAUUCUGGACCUUCAUGCUGGAGUCAUCGUCAUUGAGCGAGCUGACUGUCUUGCAGCUUCCGCUGCAGUGCCCUCCCCACUCCCACUCUACCUGAUGGAUGUCAAGUUGCUGGGCAACACAGCACGAUGCUAGCAACCAAGUAGCUUUUGGAAAUUCACAGAGAAUAAUAAGGCCUCCACCUUCUAGAGCUUGACAUCCCCUUUGGCCAUACUUCCACCAGCUGCCGGAAGGGCCUCUCCCACCGAGUCUAUAAUCAGCAUUUACCCAGUAACUGGUUACCUCAGUCCAGCUUCCAUCUGUAUCCUGCUGGAAGGAUGGACGUUCAGAGAGAAGAUAUGUAUUUAACAUCUUCUGCAGAAGUAUCAAGUAUCAAGUAUCUGAAACAGUUAUGGCUGGUCCUGUGGGGGACAAUCGCGGCUUAGUGAUAUUCGUAUUGGACCUUCCUCCAAAACAACACAUCAAGACGUAUUGACAAAUGUUAGUUGCCUUGUACGUCGGUAUAAGUAGGCCCUGGAUGACAUCGGAUGAGAAAGCAUACGCAUGGGUCAGAAAGUGUGUGGAUGCAGGUGUUUAUGUCUCCAUCAUUUGGGUGGGGCCUUUCUUGCCAUUUGUCACAGUGUUUCACCCAGACACUGUCAAGACAAUUCUCAAAACUUCAGAGCCCAAGUCAGAGAACACGUAUCGUUUUGUGAGGCCGUGGAUCGGUGAUGGGCUGCUGCUGUCUAGUGGGAAGAAGUGGGCACGGAACAGACGAUUGCUGACUCCUGGCUUUCAUUUUGACAUCCUCAAGCCAUAUGUUGGCAUCUUUCAAGAGUCUGCAAGUAUCCUUGUUAAAAAGUGGCAAGGUGCUUGUGAAAGAGAAGGGAAGCAAUCUAUGGAAAUGUUCAGUCAUGUCAGCCUCCUGAUGCUGGAUAGUCUGCUCAAAUGCAUCUUCAGUGUCCAGAGCAACUGCCAAAUUGUUGAGGAUCACCCGUACAUCAAAGGCAUCUAUGAAAUUGCCAUGUUGGUUGGAGCGCGUUUCCGCUUUCUUCCUUUCCACUCCGAUAUCAUAUACAACUUGAGUCCUAGUGGCCGGCACUACCAUCGAGCCAUUGAGACUGUUCAUAAUUAUGCACGUGAUAUCAUCAAGCAGCGUAAGCAAGCUCUAGCUGAGGAAGAAGCCAGUGGUAAAACAAGACAGAGGAAGUAUGUGGACUUCUUAGAUAUCCUUCUGUGUGCUAAGGACACAGAUGGCAAGGGAUUGACGGACCAAGAGAUUUGCGAUGAAGUGGACACAUUCAUGUUUGAGGGGCAUGACACAACAGCAUCGGGCAUAUCCUGGUUCCUAUACAACAUGGCAAGGUUUCCUGAAUUUCAGCAGAAGUGUAGGCAGGAGAUAGAUAACCUUCUGGCAGAUAGGACAGAGGAUACGCUGGAAUGGGAGGAUCUCAACAAUCUACCCUACAUGACCCAGUGUUUGAAGGAGAAUCUGCGCUUUCAUGCUCCUGUCGUCAAUAUCAUGCGAACUUUGACCCAACCUCUGGCCUUCCCUGAUGGUAGAAGUGUACCCAAAGGCACAUCUGUUGCUAUUACCAUCAAUGGCUUGCAUCACAAUAAAGAGGUAUGGGAUGACCCCGAGACUUUUGAUCCUGAUCGGUUUUCCCCUGAGAGGGCCAAGUCUAUUCCUCCAUAUGCAUUCGUGCCAUUCUCAGCGGGUCCAAGGAAUUGUAUCGGCCAGCACUUUGCAAUGAGUGAAAUGAAGGUGAUUGCAAGCAUGAUCCUUCGUAACUUCUACUUGUCUGUCAAUGAGUCCGUACCAAUCCAGCGCAGGAAUGCCCUUGUACUCAGGUCACAACAUGGCAUCAACUUGUAUGUCACACCACGAAAAACAGUCAAGCAUUAGCCCAAGUCUCAAUGAGAGUGGUGGUCCAUUAGGACAGACUUACUGCAGGAUAAGAUUGACCUUCUAGCAUCCAAUAAGAUUAGGACAUCUAGUAGCAUGUUUGUACAUCAAUUUGCACAGGGACUGUUCUUCACAUAUGCAUUUACAAUUACAAUGCUCAAGGAACGCUACAUCUUCUAGCAGCCCCGUAGCCAAGGGAACAAAAUGCCCCCCCCCCCCACCCCCUCCAUCAGGCUGCCUAUGGGCCUGUCCAGUGUGCAUUUAGUGUAAGGUUAUGUGCAGUAUGCAGUCGUAUAUGUAUAGCCCAAUUCUCUUAAAUGUUGACUUGUUUAAACCAUACACAUAAUUGAUGUGUUAAGAUGUCCACAGGUCACAGGCGUGCAGCUUUUCAUCAAAUAAGCUGAUUUCACCUCUACUUUCACUUCACACUUAUGCCAUUAAAAAUUGAAAAAUAAUGUGUACAGUCUUUUAAUUUCCUCUUAUAACUUCCGUUUUUGUUACUUCCCAGUUGCAAUUGUACAAUGGACAUUUAUAAGUUCCGUACAUUGGUCUCGGCACAUGAUGUACUGCACGGACAAUAAAAUUACUCCAUAUUUCUUCAAACAUAGACCCAGAUCAAUAUUCUCACUCCAAACUAUUUCAGACAUCUGAAUUCUCAUGUGCACGAAUUGAACAAGUCUGAAAUAACAAUCUGAACGUAUAGUUAUAUGGAGUCCUUGCACUCAUUGCAUGUGGUUGGACGGCAUCAAAUGCUUCAAGAGACAUUUAUUCUGCGGAUACAUAAUGACUUCCAAAAGACAAACCAGUAGGAGUAUUCAUCCUCAUUUCCUUAGCCGUCAAUUUAUAGUGCUUAAUUAACAUUUAACUAUCUAGUAUUCAAGUACAUGUAUCUUCUUUGCAAAGACUCCAUUCAUGUUGAGAAUUUUUUAUAUUCUUAUAGAAAUCUUUUGGAAAUACUAUCAUUGAAAUUUCUUGUAUAUUUUUCUGACAUACAUUGUGUUACUGCAUCAAAUGCAUUUUAUUGCUAUUUUUUGUUCUGUAUGUGCAUUAUACAUAAUUGCUUUUCUCUUUCUCUCUUUUUUACAUUGUCUUUAUGUAACUUAAUAAUUAUAAUAAUUAUGGCUGGAAAAUACUCCUUAAAAUACUUGUCUUUAGUUUAUGCACGGAGGUAACUUUUCUACACAAUAUGUAAUACUCAUUUAAGAAUGGCCUUUGUAUUUUGACUUUGCACAUUUGAAAAUGUUUGAAUCAUUCGUAGAGUACAUUUGAUCCUCACAAGUUGUUAUUGAAUUAAAAACAGAUUGGAGCAAAUUGCAUGGCCAUGACAGUCGGGGCAUUGCGUGGUAUCCAUCAUAUCAGUAAUAUUUCAAACGUAUCAAAGUUCCCGUUUUCAUUUUUUUGGGAGCUACUGUUUGGAGAAUGGGAGUCAUUCUAAAAUGUGUAGAAAAACGAAUGUUUUUAAUCACUGGUGAAUCAUCUUGCAAGGUAGAAUGUAGUCUUGGUGCCUGAUGUUUUUAGCGUGGUAGUUCACGACAGACAGUAUCUUUGUACCACGUACCGUGCAGUUCCCAUUCACGAACCUGACCUCAUCGACGAACUGCACGUAUAGACUGUUGGGGCUGGCGUGUGUGAUAAGGGCGCUCUCUCAAUUGCUGCAGUCACACUGCACUGCUAAGGACAGCUGGAACCAAGACAAGUAGAGCGGUGAUACUUAGGCAAGGAUAGCUGUAAAUGUUUGAGGUCAGGGGUCAGGUCCUUGUUAUCACAGACUCGUGCAUGUGUACAAAGUGUAUGACAUGAUAAGUACUAUAAUUUAUUUUACAGAUUGUAUUUAUGAAUACAAAUACACUGUAUGUUAUUCUAAAUCAAUGAAAAGUGCUAGGAUGCUCUUGAAAAUGUCAUUAAAUUUGUGUGUGCUUGUGAGUGACACUACUGU